CGUGAGUGCGCGUUCCGCUCUCUCAGCUUCUUGUACUGCCUCGCUGAGUGUUUGCUUUCCGCAUAUCCAUCAAUGAUGUUGACAUUGAUGGACAUUCCAGCCAGGAACAAAGUAAAAGAUCAUCAGUAUGAAAAAAAACCUCUUCCUUAUUCACCUCUUAAAACUCCAAAACACACCACAGUAGCACCCUAAACUAAAACUACCAAUGAGUUCCCUGUUUUAAUAAUAAUAAUGGAUUAGAUUUAUAUAGCGCUUUUUUGGCCACUCAAAGCGCUUCACAAUGGAUCCAUUAUUCAUUCACUCACACAUUCUGACUCUGGUGGUGGUAAGCUACAUUUGUAGCCACAGCUGCCCUGGGGCAGACUGAUGGAAGCGUGGCUGCCAACCUGUUCUUGGAAAAAAGCACAAUAAGGCGGAUUGUGUCUCGAGUUUUAGUUAUAGUUUGGUUAGCUGCUUGGAUGACCACGUCCUGCUUGUGACAUUUCAGUGUUUUUACCCUUUAAUUAACCACCAAAGGUCAGGAAACCCAUGAACAACUGAAAUCGCUAUGAAGAUGUUUGACUGAAAAUGUAAAUAGAAACAAUAGCAAGCUGCCUCUUGCAGACAAUCUCAUCCCUCCACCAUCCAUGCUUUCCAGAUAGCCACAUUCACAAAUCACCAAUCUCACAGUGAAUAUCCUUAGCAAGUCUGCAGAAACACAACCCUAGAGAUAUGGUGCAUAAGUGGACAAAACCAUUGUUGUCUGGAUGUUUUCAGAGUUACAAAGGUAGAAAUAUCCCACAUUCACUGAGAGGAAUACACAACAUGUCACUGAAAUAAUAAUAAUAUAAAUGUAUGACAAGUGUUUGGCCAUACAAAGGCCAAACAUUUGUCAUAUGUUUCUACUCUGGAAUCUUGAGGUGGUGAGUCUCUCCUUUACAGAGUGUCUGGCUCUACUGGAGUAGAUCAGAGGAGGGACAGUCUGAGAAAUUAUACAGUUGAUACAGUUGUUUGUUUCCAUUUUUGUUGUAGAUUUGGUUUAAUGCACAGACAUGGACAAACCCUCACUCAUAGAUUUCCUGAGUAGCGGUCUUGAAGCUCCAGCCUUUACUAUCUUGAUGAUGCUAACACAGAAAGUAAUGACAAAGUGGACGAAGAGUGGAGCUGAGGUGGACCACAGACAGUCCUGUGACAUGAGUCACUUGCACAAGUAUGCAUAACUUGAGACCUCAAUACAAUUUUAUUGGAUGAAUUCUUCAGAAAAUCCCCUCCUGUACAGUUGUCCUGAUGGGGUAAUUAGUAACAGAGACUAAAACCUUUUCUUGCAUCAGGCUAUGAAUGUGUUAUUUCUGCUGUAAAGCUGGACAUUUUAACAUGGGGAUCCAUGGAGAUGGAUUCCCUUCUGUAGGCUGCCAUAAGUGGACAUUUGAGAAACUGCAGUUUUUGGAACUUUGUUGCAUGCUGGCUUCAAUUUCUGUCCCUGUUUUGUGAAAUGAUGUCAGUAUCUCAAUAUCUUAUGUGAUAUGUUGAUAAUUGUGGGUCAGUGUACGAUCUGUUGACUGUGGAGGCCAUAUCUUGUGAGUUACAUCAUCUUUCAUACCGAUUACACCAUUGAUUGACCCCCAAUGACCUCCAUGUAAGCAUCAGGAAGAGAUAGGUUGGAUAGAGCAAAGGAGGAAGGACAACAGUGUUCUUCAGAGACUGAAAGAGAGAAAGGGAGUGAUGGUAGAACGAGAUAAAUGAGCUGUAUGACAGAGAGUUCUGGUCAGAGGAUGGAGGUCCAGGACGGAGCAGAACUCUGUUUUCCUCAACUCCUCAACACCUCCUGCAGGAAGCCGACAUCUCACCGGUUUCAAGAUGUAUUUGUGCACGUUGUGCUGUCUUCAAUAUCUGUUCUCACUGUUGUUCUCAACCUGCUCGUCAUCAUCUCAGUCUCCUACUUCAGGCAACUCCACACACCCACUAACAUCCUCCUGCUCUCUCUAGCUGUCUCUGACUUUUUUGUGGGCAUCGUGUUGCUGCCGUCAGAUAUUUACGUACAAACCCAGUGCUGGUUUCUCGGCGAUGUGAUGUGUUCUCUUAUUAAUUAUGUGAUCUACAUUGUUUUGAGUGCGUCAGUAGGAAACAUGGUGCUUAUUUCAAUUGACCGUUAUGUUGCUAUUUGUCAUCCUCUGCAUUAUCCCAUCAGAGUCACUCUGACAAAAGCCAAACUGUGUGUUCUUUUGUGUUGGUUCUGUUCUGCUUUCUAUGUUGGUAUUGUAUUUAGGGAUGUGCUGAAUCAACCAAGCAUAACUAAUUCCUGCGAUGGAGAAUGUGUUGUUGUUUUCAGCAAAACUGCAUUUGUGACGGACCUUGUCGUAAGCUUUAUUGCUCCAGUUACGGCCAUUAUACUUCUAUAUAUGAGAGUGUUUGUGGUGGCUGUGUCUCAGGCUCAUGCCAUGCGCUCUCACACUGCAGCUGUCACACAUCAGCAUUCAGUGACACGAAGUACAAAGAAAUCUGAGCUGAAAGCAGCCAGGACUCUGGGUGUUAUCAUAUUUGUGUUUCUGAUAUGUUUCUCCCCAUUUUACUGUGUCUCCAUUGUAGGGGCCAGCCCUUAUUCUGUAACUCUUGCGUCUAUAAUGUUUUAUUUGAACUCCUGUCUAAACCCUCUGAUCUAUGCCCUGUUUUAUCCCUGGUUUAGAAAGGCUGUGAAACAUAUUGUCACUCUGCAGAUACUGCAGCCUGGCUCCUCUGAGGUCAGCAUGUUGUAGUAAAACUGUGGAGUGACUGAAAUAACAGCAGCUAUACAAAGUUCAUUAAUCAGUGAAAUGAGCAAUUCAAUGAUCUGGAAAGAGUAAAUGUACAUUGUACGUGAAAUGAAACAUUUACACAAUUUGUACAAAACUUACAAGAUUUUUAUACGAGCUUUAAUACUCAGUGUAUUAAAGCUCACAUAAAACUUUCUUUUUGUAUAGUUGGGGUUUAAAUGUCAAUCAUUUCAUGUGCACUGAACUCAGAGCCCUUCCAGUCUGAACUGUACCUCUCAUAUGAAAAUACAGCAUGUUUCAGUAUGAAUGUGCAUCAAACAAAUCUGUUAAAACUGUGAGAUGUAAUGUUGUCAAUAUAAACUGUUGAUGAGCAGUGUAACCAUGAAAAAAGUUCUA